GUCCAUCCACAUCGUCAGACACGAGCAAACCCACCUCCACCUUCUGCUCCCACCUCUCCGGCGAGAUCUCCCUCCUCCCCGCGCCGCAGCCAGCCAUGGACGCCGUGGACUCCGUGGUCGACCCGCUCCGGGAGUUCGCCAAGGACAGCGUCCGCCUCGUCAAGCGCUGCCACAAGCCCGACCGAAAGGAGUUCACCAAGGUGGCCAUUCGGACGGCCAUCGGGUUCGUCGUCAUGGGCUUCGUCGGGUUCUUCGUCAAGCUCAUCUUCAUCCCCAUCAACAACAUCAUCGUCGGGUCCGGCUGAUUUGGUCCUCCGCAGGUGAGGGGCCGCAGGACGAGAGGAUGGUGUCCAUUCCAUGGAGGCGGCGCUGGUUUUCUUAUCCUCGUACCUUAAAGCAAUUCAUUUAGGACUUCAUUGUAGAGGACAGUUCCCUUGUGUUUUCGUUUGAAACAGUUGUAUUGCUGGACCUGGAGCAGUUUUGAACCUGAUACCGGCUAGACCGUAAUAUCAAGCAGUGAAUGACAAGAAUUGAAACCCUA